AUGACUGGUUCACUUCAAAAAAAGUUAAAUACACACUGGGCGAGGUCUGUUCCUGAUAAACGACUUGCAAUUCAGUUACUUCGAGUCACUCCAUUUAUUUUUACGGCAAGUCGAUCAACUAUGGGUAGCCUUCUUCGCUGUGACGUAGAGGAGCCUUUCGCUGUACUGUCUACAUCUAAUCAAUAUCCUAGGAUCUAUGAUGGUAACUUAUGGAUUAGCGCGAAAUUCAUGUCCUAUGUACGCGACCCUUUACCGAAGUGCAGUCGCCGUAUACGCGUUAUCGAAACAUGCUUUUGGUUAAUUAGAAUUUUGAGCUACUCUGUUCAGUACCUUGAAGAGAAGAAGGAGCACUUUGCUUUUAUUGAAUCUUUUUCAAUUAUCCAGGAAUUUCAUACCAAUGCAACAGUUUUCUCUCAGAUGAUUGGAGUGACUGAAGCUAUCGGCGACACGAAUAAAAACCUUAUUCUUCCACGUUUACCAGUGCGGAAAAAAGCCAUAUCCAAAAAGAAACGUGUUGGUGUUAAUAAAAAUAAAUGUGACUUUCUCGAACCAUGCUCUAAUAUACCUCCGACAUCAGAUCCUCCCCAACAAUACUCUCCUUUAAAACUUAUUGAAAAUAAAGAAAAUAUCCCAAUCACAGAAGCUUCAAUGUUGCAUUCAACCUCACCCUUUUCAAAAGACUCAUCGCUUUUCAAGGAUCUCUUCGAUAGCAACGAUGAUUACUCUAUUGAACUUACAAAUCUCUCCAAUAAUUUUAUGACUAGUGAAAUAUUAACGCCUUCUGCUAAGUUAUCUCCAAACAAUAAUACAAAUAUAAUCACUUCCGCAGUAGCACAUUCUCAGGCGUCAGUUUCCGAGUCUCAAGAUAAUAAAUCAUAUUCACCCAGUACUCAGUAUUUUUCUGUUCAGAAUGCAAGCGAUUUCUCAAAUCUGAAAACUUCAACUUCUUCAGUUACGGAAAUUAACUCAGAUGGACAGAUAACCGACCCACUGCUUGAAUCAACCUGUGGGUUGUGCAAUAAAACUGAUUUAACAAGUCACUCCGUUGUUUCUAAUACUGACGAACAAAAUAUGAAUGGUCAAAGUGUUGAUGAUCCGUCUAUUGUUAAUUGUGUACGGGACUCAGUUGUUCAGUUCGUUCAAGGAAUAAAGAGAAAAUUUUCGCCGAAGGGGACUUGGGUUAAGCCACUAAUGGGUCGUAUUCUGAAGCCGAUUUCUGGGAAUGAACUACAGCCUGAUGCUAAGCGUCCACGAAAAUUCGUUUCAACUCGUUCUCCCACCGCUUUGACAUCUGCCAUUACUGUUUCAUCCCCUAUUAUAUCGAGUAUAUCGUUGACAGAUACUAAUAGUUCACUUGGAAAUCCGGGAUUUUCUUCAUACACACUUAAUAGAUCUAAAUCUUAUUUUGUAAUCCUAGAACGACAGCGUAAUCCACUGCAUGAAGUAGUUUCCUCCAGUAAUAGUAGCAUUUUAAAAUCAACCUAUUCCACUGAAUCUCCGUCAUGCUCUGUAACUAAUAGUAUAAACAAACAAAAACCACUGAGUAACUGUGAACAAAGGAUUCUUAAAAGUUACAUUGAUUCAAUUAAUGAAAUUCGCCGAAUUCCAGUGAACGAAGACAAUUUUUCAGAAUUAAGGAAAUGUUUCAACUUGUAA